UAUAGUGAGAGAGUAAAAACAAUGAGAAUGGCGAUUGAAAGCAACCGUUCUUCUUUCUCAUCCGUCAAAUCAUACGUGAAUGCUCUUCGCGACACUCCGCGUCGGGUCGUCCGUCGUGCGGGAUCGGUGACGACAACAUUCGACGAAACAAGUCAUGUUCGGUUCCGUUACGGCGGAAGCAUGAGGAAAACUCUCCGGUGGUACGAUCUGAUUUGUUUUGGUGUCGGAGGAAUGGUCGGUGCCGGCGUGUUUGUCACCACCGGCACCGCUAGCCACGACAAAGCUGGCCCUGCCGUCGUGCUAUCGUACGCCAUUGCCGGUUUUUGCGCCCUACUUUCUGCCUUCUGUUACACUGAAUUCGCCGUUCACAUGCCGGUUGCUGGCGGUGCCUUUAGUUAUAUCCGAGUCACUUUCGGAGAGUUCAUGGCGUUUCUAACCGGAGCGAAUCUGAUAAUGGAUUACGUGUUCUCCAACGCGGCAGUCGCGCGAAGCUUCACGACGUAUCUUGGAACCGCCAUUGGUGUUUCUGCGGAAUCCAAAUGGAGGAUAACCAUAACAUCUCUCCCGAAAGGAUUCAACGAAAUCGAUUUCAUCGCGGUUCUCGUGAUAAUUAUCCUCACCGUCAUCAUCUGUUACAGCACGAGAGAAAGCUCGGUACUGAACAUGAUUUUAACGGCACUUCACAUUAUCUUCAUAAUGUUUGUGAUCAUAAUGGGGUUUUGGAGAGGUGACUCUAAGAACUUCACCGAACCAUCCGACCCAACCCGUCCGAGCGGGUUCUUCCCAUUCGGAGCUUCGGGGAUGUUUAACGGUGCUGCUUUGGUUUACCUUAGUUACAUUGGAUACGACGCGGUUUCGACGCUGGCAGAGGAGGUUAAAAAUCCGGUUACCGAUAUCCCUAUCGGAGUAACCGGGUGUGUUAUUCUUGUAACCGUUCUUUACUGUUUGAUGGCCACUUCAAUGUCCAUGCUUCUACCGUAUGAUCUGAUAAACCCCGAAGCACCGUUUUCUGGAGCAUUUGUAGACAAAUCGAAUAGACUGAAUUGGGUGUCGAAUGUGAUAGGCGUGGGGGCCAGCUUUGGGAUCCUAACAUCAUUGUUGGUAGCAAUGUUGGGACAGGCUCGAUACCUUUGUGUGAUUGGGCGGUCCAACAUCGUCCCUGUUUGGUUUGCAAAGGUCCAUCCAAAAACAUCAACGCCUGUCAAUGCUUCCGCUUUUCUUGGGAUUUUCACGGCGGUUAUUGCUCUUUUCACCGAGCUGGAUGUCCUUCUCAACCUUGUCUCAAUCGGGACAUUAUUCGUCUUCUUUAUGGUUGCAAAUGCGGUCAUCUACAGGCGCUAUGUAUCGGUUGAGACCCUGAGCCCAUGGCCCACAUUAUCCUUCUUGAUUUGUUUCUCGUGCACUUCGGUCAUAUUCACCUUACUAUGGUGGCUAGUGCCACCUGGCAAGCCUAAGUUCUUUGUCCUCGGUGCUUGCUUCAUAGUCAUAUGUGGAUUAGUGGUUGUGUUUAAUUAUGCCGUCCCCCAAGCAAGAAAGCCCGAGUUUUGGGGGGUACCGUUAAUGCCAUGGAUACCAUGUGUCUCGAUCUUUCUGAACAUAUUCUUGUUGGGAAAUCUCGAUGGACCUUCUUAUGCGCGGUUUGGCUUCUUUUCGGCUCUCGCGGUAGUUGUUUAUCUUGCUUAUAGUGUCCAUGCUAGUUUUGAUUCCGAGGAAGAAGGGAUUGUGAAUCUUGAAAGUGGGAUCAAGGAAUCUAUUGAACUUGAGGACCUCACUCCUAAAUUACAAAAAUAACCAAUUGUUUUUGGUUAACUAGUUUAGUUUAUGAAUUUAGUAUUUAGGAACUAGGUAAAUAUAUGGUAUGGUACCAUCAAAUUUGUUAAAUAUAUAUCUAGUGACUUAAUUGACAUGCUAUGCUAAUUAACAUCAUGCAUGUUGCAAUAUAUAAUUAGAUCUUAUAUUUAUAUUGA